AAUGCUUGAUCAACGAACUCUCCACUUUGGCCGUACGGGAAAGAUCUCUGCAGAUGGCUUUCAGAAAAGUUUCUUUGAGUGGGAAGCCGUGCGAUAUGAAUUAGACAAGAUUUUAAAGGAGGAUCCCUUCACAUGUCAUGCAUGUGCCCCAGACAUGCUUGCAAUUUCAGUGGAUGGAAACCGCAAGCAUUACCGUUUCAAGAAUGCAGCCAGAUCUGAGGAACUGGGCAUCUUUGAAGACGCCUUCAUAGCAAAGGAUGAAGAUGUGGGAAGAUUUGUGGACUACAUACACAGCACAUCCAGACAUGUCUCCGGACGAGGUGUUUGUGGAGGGGAGUGGUCAGCAGCCAGAGAGACCUCCCAAAGAUCCAGCAGCAAGGUGGAUGAGGAGGGACUGGAGCUUGCAGUGUGUAGGCAUGGAGUGCUGCUCCGUGCUCUAAAUAUGUACAGGGGUGAAAUUUUUGCUUAUCCCUUGUACCUGCAACAAAAGCUGGCCAAUAGACAUAUCACUUUUUUUUGUAUGGAUGUUACCUGCAAGUAUUGGCCAUAUCUUGAAAGAGUAACAAAAAGCUGUCCAGAGCUCCAGCACCUUCUUAGCAUGAAGCCAUUUCUUUCAGUCUUUCAUGCUAAAGCCCACGAUUUCAAAUGUGAGCAGAAUCGAAGUGCUCGUAGCGAGCAUAAAGAGACGAUCCCAGCGUCUGUACAAAGACACCGAUGGAAAUAAAGCCCGUGCCAAGAUUCGUCGCAAGAUCAGAGAAGAGAAAGGAAUCUUGACUUCUGCUGUGGAAAAAUACAACAGAAUGUUUCCAGACAAAGAAACUCUGUGCUUGGAAGAAAUUCUGUCUGGUGACACAAGCUGGCCGUGGCAGUAGGCACACAGCGACUCUGUCAGCCUUACAACAAAGAGAAGGGCAUUCGAUAUCAUCAUGGCAAUAAGAAGACUUGAGGAGGAAAAGAAGAUUCUUGUUACAGAGAUGGACCAUCACUGGAAAUCUCUUUCAAAAUAUGAUGAUAUCCUGAAAGAGCUGUCCGGCCUGUUUUCCAGUGAGAUAUUUAAAAGUUCGCAUUGUGGCCUAAGUGAGGAGGGUUUGAGAGGUCUACAGAGCAUCAUCCUCAGAAAACGACAGAAUGUGAAACAAAACAAGCUGCACGCAAGACAGUGUUACAUGCAAGUUUUGUCAGGAGCAAAGAACAUUAACCUUGAUCAUACUUCCGACGAUGACUUUUACAGUGACUCUGAAUUUUCUGAUUAAAGUCUGUAAUAAAUAUCUGUAAUAUAUCUGUUUGUCCUCAAAGUUAUAUCAACUUCCUACUUUGCAGGUUUAAUGCUUGGGCCCCCAAUUUUUUCAAGUUGGCCAUAGACCAGUCAUUGACAGUGCAUUCCCAAGACUUCAUCACAUCAAUGCAUUGCAUAUAGUUUUUUACAAAGACAGCUGGCACAUUUUUAUUUAAUGUCAUUCGUAGAGCUAAAAACUACCCUGUUACACUGUUUUUAAACAUGCAUUUUGGUUAUACAUAAUAGUACACUGUUAUGUAUCAGAGGGAGAUUUUGUACUUUUUACAUUUUUGUCAUGUUAAGUUACUGUAAUAUAUUUUUGGCUCACAGAAUUUACAAGACAUAUUGAAAUGUGAUUGAUAGAACUUUGUAAGCAAAUUUCAAGUAUGCUUGUCACAGGUGAGAGUUUUCAUUCUUGAGUAUUUUGAUGUACAUGUUAAGUAUAUUUUCAUGGUAUGUAUCAUUCGUAUCAACAGUAUCAAUAAUGUUUGAGUGCAUUACUAGUACUUGUGCUUAUUUUUAAAAUAAUCAUACUACAGUACAGUUCAGCUGAUUCUGUCACAACAACCCUGAUCCACAAAUUAACUUUUGGAUAUAUAACUUUUUUUGUUUAGUUCCAGUUGUACAGCGAUGUGCUCAACCAUAUAUAUUUUUUUUAAUUUAGAGUAUUAAUUGAUCCAGUGGUUACUAAGCCUACAGUGUCUUAGGGUGGACCAACAUCAUUGUCAUUUUACCCCCACCAAAUUUCAUUAAAUUGUCUGUAUCACUGUAGUUUAUUUGUUUUUAUAUUACCAAUGACCACAAUCAAAUAAAGUUGAAAAAUAACUGUCAGUUUGAUGUUUUCAUGCAGUUUCAAUGGAUCAUUUUGUCACCACAGUUAAAAUUUAGUGACAUUUAUAUUUUCAUGACAAAGACAUAAAACACAUUUCUGUUUAAUAUAGUUAUGACUGUAGACUUGAUAUGUAAAAACUGAAAAUGACUGCCAAUCAUGUAAGUAAUUUGUGAAAAAGAACGUAGAAAUCUAUUUUACAAACAAAAACAAUUUCUUAUUAUGCAACCCUUUCAAUACUAUAGCCCACACCAGAUCAAAUUUAGGUAUUUGUGACACAUACAGCACAUACAUUUAUUCCACAAAAGGAAUAGAUGGAUGGCCACUAUGGAGAAAGGCAGUCCUGAAACUUCAUCAGGAGGACAAAUCGUGUGCAUCAACUUCACAGUGUCUUUUGGUCUUUUAUCAAAAGAUAUUUGCCAUUUUUUAGUUUCUUUUAAAGUUCUUGGUUAGGUUUAGGGAUUAAAGACCAAAUCCAGAUUAUAAUAUAAAAAUAUUGAGACACAUCAUCAGUAGUGGGCCUUGGAUUCAUUGGGUGUUUUGGCCCUUACCAGUAGACACCCUCAUA